AACAUCCUAAAUGAAACUUUAUGGCUCCCGAUCAAGAGAAGAUUUAAUUCAACAACAUGCAAUUGCAAAGGGAGCAUGGUCUUCUACUAUCAACAGGCAAUGUUCAAGAAAGGUGUAUGGCCGCUAGAGGAGCACUUUUCUAAAACCAGCGUUGGAGCUAUCUUGACACGGCUCAAAACCAUUGGUUGGAGUGAACAGAGCUCAUGGGGCUGUAAACAAUGUACUUUUGACUGCGCUAAGGUCAUCGAUGGCGCGGUAGAACGUACCAAGAAAUACUUCGACGGUCUCUGCUUGGAUUAUAUGCAAGAUGACGCACCAUCAAAUGAAUAUGGUUGGAAAGAGAAAGAGACCUGGCAUUGCAAAGGAGGACGCCAUGGUGAGCCAACACGAUACUAUUCUCAAAUGUGGGCGAAUAGUCGAGAACGUUACAAUAUUUUUGAUUUGAAUCUAUGUGUAUCUGAGGGUCUUCACUUCUAUAUGGGCGUCUUGGCCUCGUUGGAAUCACAACUUCCCGCUCCUCUAGUUUUGGGAUCGACAGAUAAUAUCAACGGUAGUCUGACUGCCUGCUUUUCGGUAUCGACUCGUUGAUAGCGUGAGAAAUAUGUCAUGACGGUCCCUUAUCGGGUUGCAACGGAUGAUACAUGUAUUGUUCAGUUUGGAAGGAGAAGGCUUCUAGGCCAAGUAGAACUUUAG